CCAGCCCAUUUCAGCUCAGUUCCAUUUCGUUCGCAUCUAGAACAGACAUACUGGGAGCAAAUAAAUACUUUUUUUUUUCAGUAAAAAAUCAUAUAAAUCAAAAUCAAAUCACUUCAAAAAUCAGCAUGGCCAUAGCUAAAGUAAAUCUGUGGAUUUCUCAAAUUCGUGAUAUGGGACGCAGCCUGCUCUCAACAGAUAAAGCCAAAAAGUUCCUUUCCGGUAUUCAGACUGCCAUCAAACCUUUACCGUCGUCGUCGUCGUCGUCGUUGUCUAAAAAGUGCCCAUUUGAAACCAAUGAUGUCCCAAUAACCAAGAGUGAUAUGGGCAAUCCAGCUAUUCCGAAAAUCGACGGGGAAAUGAGUACCGGACCCAAAAACGGAUUUAUAAGUCGAGUCCUCUACUACCGCAGAUUUUACAUGAAACGUUAAUGGAUAUAUGAAUAUUGCCGAAUUCCAACUCAAAAUUCUUAACGUAAUAUGAAUUUUAUAACCAAAUACUUAGCUAAGAUUUGUGUUAGGUACUUUCAUAUUAUCAACAAUAUUUCUAAAUUAUUACCGAUAUCUUGAAAAGAGUUGAUAUUGUUAAUAAUCUUAUAUAUUUUUUACUAA